GCUCACUUUCUCCGGCUCUCCCCAUUUCCGUUGUUUCCCGAGAGGCGACCGCAUCUCGCAGCUUCGCCCCCUCAUUCUAAGGCUACGCUUUUGCUCUUCGCCUAAAAAACCUAAACGAUCCCCGAAGCCAUGGCAAAGUAUACAAGAGGUACUGUAAAAGACUUCUCUGGAUUUGAUGCCAGAGCUGAUGCUGAAGCUCUUCGCAAGGCAAUGAAAGGAUUGGGAACUGAUGAAGAUCCAAUCUUGAAGAUUCUAACGGGCAGAACCAAUGCUCAACGCCAGGAAAUUGCAGUACAAUUUAAAACUCUUUUUGGCCGGGAUUUAACCGAUGACCUUAAAUCGGAACUUACAGGCAAACUGGAGACGCUCAUGGUUUCCCUGAUGAGACCUGAACGGAUUUAUGAUGCACAUGCACUAAAACAUGCCAUUAAGGGGGCAGGAACUGAUGAACAAGUCUUGACUGAAAUUCUUGCAUCUCGGACACCUGCUGAAAUCAGGAAUAUAAAGCACGUUUAUCAGGAAGAAUAUGAAGCCGAUUUAGAAGAUCAUAUCAUAUCAGAUACUUCUGGCUUCUAUCAGCGAAUGUUGGUAGUUCUUCUACAAGCUAACAGAGACCCUGAUGGCCAAAUUAAAGAAAGUCUAAUUGAGCAAGAUGCUCAGGAGCUGUUUAGAGCUGGGGAACUGAAAUGGGGAACAGAUGAAGAAAAAUUUAUCACCAUUUUGGGAACUCGAAGUAUAUCUCACUUAAGGAAGGUUUUUGACAAAUACAUGACUAUUUCUGGUUUUCAAAUUGAAGAAACAAUUGAUCGUGAAACAUCUGGUCCACUUGAAAAGCUGCUUCUGGCAAUUGUGAAGUGUGUCCGAAGUGUUCCUGCCUAUUUUGCUGAAUGUCUCUUUUAUGCAAUGAAAGGAGCAGGCACUGAUGAUGAAACAUUGAUCAGAAUUAUGGUUUCAAGGAGUGAAAAAGAUCUACUUGAUAUCAGGCAGGCAUUCAGAAGGGAUUUUGCAAAAAGUUUGCACCAUGUAAUUCAGAAAGAUACAUCUGGUGACUACAGAAAUGCGCUUCUGCUGCUGUGUGGAGGAGAAGACUAGUGAAGUCUACAAUAACACAGAGGACAGAAUCUCAAAUCAUGCCUUGUGCCUUUUCCCAGUUAUAUGGCAUUUACAUAGAUCUGCAGUCUUGUUUGUAUCCAUGCUGGCCUUUUUAUGCCAGAAGCAGUGUACUGUUGUUAGUCACAUAUUAUGAUGCUUCUUCUUGCACUGGCUUGCUUACGUAGGAUUAUUUUCCUUACCAGGAAAGUUAUGUUGCUUCAUGCAUUUAUUUUACAUAAUUGAAAUUUAAAAUCAAUGGAACAAAUUUGGACCCAAUAUUUCAUGUGUACAUUCCUUAUUGAAAAAAAAAUUGACAAAAGUGCCUUUAAAUAAAUGUGUUUUUAUUUUUGAAAUCAAAAGCCCGAAAUCGGGGGUGCUUGUAGGCAAAGCUUUUAUUAUGCAAUUAGUGCUUACUAAAGUUUCACAGUGGGCCCAGAUGACACUGUUUUCCUGGAGGAACUUACCCAGAGUUUUCCACUGCUGUUUCUGACUGUUUUCUUCACAGAAGAGGAAAAGCUAUAAUAUCAUAUCCUUUUGAGAAUAUAGUGUUCAUAGUUGGCUAUCUAGGAACAUCCCUCCAUUUCAGCAAAAGUGGAAGUAAAAUACAUUCCAAGAAACAAAACCAAAUUUCCUCUUAGAUAAACUUGCACAAUAUAUCUUGCACUUUUUACUCAUUGUAAAGAACAUUUCUGCUAAUAGAUUUAAAAUAGUGAGCUAUGCAUUAACUGUCCUCAUGUAAUGUGAUUUUGGUACAAUUAAAAAUGUUUAUAAUCUACUAAA